GACGCUCGCCUCCGUUCCGGCGCAGAGUGUUUUCGCGCGUGGCUCCUCGAGAAACGCUCGCGCCGAUUCCAAAACUCCGGCCAGCGCGGCGUCACGUGACUCGAGCACCGGCAGCGAUAGAGAGCGCGACGGGGACGCAGAGGCUCGGUGCACGCGCCUGCAUACCUCCAGCCCUCCGCCGCUAUACGCCCAGUUUCUUUUUAAUUGAACCCUUUUACUCCCGCGCGCAGGUAGUGCUGCACCACUAGGAUGACUGGGAAGACCCAGACCAGCAACGUGACCAACAAGAAUGACCCGCGCUCCCUCAACUCCCGCGUCUUCAUCGGCAACCUCAACACGGCCGUCGUGACCAAGGCCGACAUCGAGGCCAUCUUCGCCAAAUACGGGAAGAUCGUGGGCUGCUCCGUGCACAAGGGCUACGCGUUCGUUCAGUACGCCAGCGAGAGGAACGCCAGGGCGGCCGUGGCCGGCGAGAACGCCCGCGUCAUCGCCGGGCAGUCACUAGACAUCAACAUGGCGGGGGAGCCCAAGCCUUACAGGCCGAAGAUGGGCUCCAAGAGGCCGCUGUCGUCCCUCUACAGCGGCUAUGAGUUCGACUAUGAUUACUACAGGGACGAUUUCUACAGCAGGCUCUUCGAGUACCACGGCCGCGUGGUGCCUCCCACCAGGGCUGUGAUCCCCAUCAAACGUUCCCGGCUAGUGGUCCCGUCCACGCGCAGAACCAAGUCCUCCUUCCCCAUCAGAGCCUGCUCUUCCUCCUCCUCCUCCUCGUCCUGCUCUCGUGUCCUGAAUGUCGGCUCCAUCGCCGCCCCUAAACUGAAGACAGACCAGCUCCUGACCAUCAAAAAGGAGCUGCUGCAGAUCAAGACCAAAAUCGACUCGCUGCUGGGACGUCUGGAGAAGAUCGAGAGACAACACUGUUCUGAAGCUGAGAUGCAGAGGAAACAAGAGGAGGUGUGUGAGCGUCUCCAUGGCGAUGCAUCAGACCACUCUGGUGAGGAGGAAGCGGAGGCGACAGGCGAGGUGGAGGCGGGGGAGAUGACGGACGGCGGCGAGGACGACUUUGAAGAUGAAGGCACCAGCGACAUGAUAGAGAACCACAUAUCGGACAUUGACAACUGAGUGAGGCAGAAAAUUAAAGCCUGCAGCGCGUGAAGUUGGACGAACAGAUACCAGCAACCCUUCUUGAUCAAGAAGUAUUUGAAAUGAAAUGAAAGCAAAGAAAGGAGUGACUGACAGCAGCAGGAAGAGAUGUUCAAACGUGUUUGUUGCUUGUUUGCCUCAUUAGAACAUGACACUCCUGACGUGUGCUUCAUCAAAACGCUGGUUAUGAAUACUGUCCAGACCACUGCAAGAUCAACUGCAAAGAGCAAUCAUUCAUUUCCCUCCCAACUGAUUGCCUUUCCGAAAAAUAAGGACUGUCCAGUAUAUUGUGUGCUUGAUAUAUUAUGUGCAUAAAAACAGUUACGUGAUCAGUCAGAUGAACCAUAAAACGCCCUCCUCCUUUGUUGUACCGCAAAUACAUGUUUUGUCCCUGUGCGUUAAACCCUGACGAGCCAUGACGCUGGCACAGAGCUAACUAUGAAUGUAUGACGACCACAUUUUGUUGAACUGUUGAUAUUUGUGAUUUGCUUUAUUUGUACAAAAUGUACAGGGUAUAAUUAGUGUCUCCAUAAAGUAUUGUAUGCAUAUCAUGUUGAGUCGUUUUCUCUCCCUCCACAAUAAGAUGCAUUUUAAAAUUCUGUUAACAUACUGUUAAUGGGAAAGAAAAAUAUUAUUCCUAAGAUUAUUUUUACUAUGAGCAUGUUAAAAAUGUGGCUAUUAUGGAUCAUUUGUAUUCAUUGCAUCAGUUGUACAGCUAUGGUUUUUGGAAUAAAGCAGUUCCUCCCCAAAAACA